UGGAUUUUAAUUCAAACGAAUAUUUGCUGAAAUAUUUGGCCGCCGUCACAAGGAUGGAGGUAUUUCGGAUCGUCUUCCCCGAAAUUUUGCGCCAGACUAAUAACAAAACCCGCUCAUGCUUAAAGCUGUUUCUUUUUGCAAGUUGACGCUUAGGUUCAUUCCGAAACCUUGUAAACUGUUGGAUUUAGAGUGUGAUCCGUGGAACUGACCACAAUAGGAAUGCAAGUGAUUGCAUUGACGGUUAAAUUUUAACAAACUUUCCGUUUCAAGAAAAAGUCAUGCGAUAAUCUUUGAACUAGACGAUAAAACCGUCUACACCAAAAUUUAUGGACCUAUAUAAGUAGCGAAAGUUUCUCUGAAUUAGUGGUUCUUUACCAAGAGAAUAACGUUGAGCAGCAAAAUGAAGAUUUGUUCCACAUUCGCGCUUCUUGCCUUGAUAUCUGCCAGCUUUGCAUUGCAAGGCUACUUCUCAAUUGUAACUGAAUCAGAUGUCCAGUUACGGAUAAGUGUUUUUUUGACUAGCAUAAAUGGAAUAAUAUACUCAUCUCAAGAAAAAUCCAUGUAUGGCAUAUCAGACGGAAUUGUAAAGGACAAAAUUAGCAAAGCUUUUUUGACCAUGAACGAGAAUGGAAGACUUGUCUUGGGUCGAAGAGACAGCAGGUUUUUGGUCGAUCUUUCUAAAGGUGAUCAAGACGGAUAUUUGAGGCACAACGACAACGAAAUAUUUUGUCUCAAAAAAAAUGAUGUUUUUGUUUCAGAUUCAGGUUGUCAAGAUGGACUUGAGGUCAGAAUAAGAUUUCAUCAAGAGUAAGAUCUUGGGCCUCGUAAACGUACAUAUGUGAUGUAUAAAUGCUUCAAAUGUCCAAAAUCAACGAUUCAAGCAAAAGCAA